AUGGAAGCCUUCGGACACCCUCCACCCUAUCCUGCCUGCCACUUUCUUGCUGCUGAGCGUUCAGCAAAGCGCUUCCCCGUCGUCUUUGCUCAGAUGUGGAGAUCUGAGGGUGUAGCGGAACAGAACGGCUCUUCUUCCCGAGGCGGGCGCUCUCUUUUCUGGGACGGAAGUGGGAAGGAGGAGGAGCCAGAGGGUGAAGCAAGGCAUCGAGAGGCUGACCUCUUCCCGCUCUAA